GCAGACUCCGUGCGCUCCGCCUGGGACUGGGGGUUGGGUUGGCUGGCACUUGGGUUGGCAAUAUAUCCGGAAGACACCAACAAACCAGCAUUUUGUUCCAUGUUUGCCAAAAGCGGAUAAGUAGGAGUUGUCUUCAUAGUUGACUAGACGUUUUGACUUUAGCCUGUCUUCUUGUUUAGAGGUGUUUUAUACCAAAGGAGCUUCAAUGAGGAAACAGCGCAAGAAAUAGGCAAAGUCCCGAGAGGCAAGAGCAACAGCUCCUCUUCACCGUUCAUUACAGACUACAGAGGUGAAAAGAAAAGGCAGCAUUGGCCUCAAGCGUGGAUACAACAGGCCUAUGAGACGGUGAAUCAUGAGACUAACAGGGCCCCUGAGAGCUGUGGCUGUGCUGCUGCUGGUGGGCCUCACCUGGCUGCUGGCAAACUCCUUAUUCGGAGGGGAGAGCGGCUCAUCCAUGCGGAGUUUCUUCACUGGUGCAAGCGAGAAGCCAACAGCUGCUGAAUCGCGCCCUCGGAAGUAUAAAUGUGGACUAUCAGCCCCCUGUCCCGCAAAACAUUUGGCGUUCCGCCUGGUGUCUGGUGCUGCCAACGUCAUCGGGCCCAAGAUCUGCUUGGAGGACAAGAUGUUAGUGAGCAGUGUGAAGAACAACGUUGGCAGAGGACUAAACAUCGCUCUAGUUAAUGGGGUGACGGGAGAGCUCUUGGACACAAAGAGUUUUGAUAUGUGGGCAGGAGAUAUUUCGGACCUGUUGAAAUAUCUUCGGCCUCUUCAUGAAGGAACCCUCGUGUUUGUGGCUUCCUUUGAUGAUGCAGCUACAAAGAUGAACGAUGAGUCCCGGCGACUGUUUGAGGAGCUUGGGAGCACGGCAGUGAAGGAGCUGGCCUUCAGAGACAGCUGGGUUUUUGUUGGAGCCAAGGGCAUUGAGAAUAAGAGUCCGUUUGAGCAGCGAAUGAAGAACACUAAGAGCAGCAACAAGUACGAAGGCUGGCCCGAGUCUCUGGAGAUGGAUGGCUGUAUUCCCCUGCGACCACCUUUGGAAGGAUAAUCCCAACGAAUACCCGCUCACAUAAAGUAAAGUAACACCUGAUUUGGCUGCAGUUGAUCCAGAUGAUUGGAAAACGCUGAAAGAUUGAAACCAUCCAAGAUCAGGACCACGAACGGCAUUUUUUCCCCCCUCUCGUGGCAUAUGCAUGAGUUGACUGCAAUGAUUGUCUUGGGACUUGAUAUAUUUAAAAUUGCUGGAACUUGUUAGAGGAUUUGUGCAUUACGCUUUGUGAGACACUUUUGAGCCGCAGUAAUGUUGUAGAAACAAGUAAAAACUGUUAAGGGAAACUUGAAAGACCAAAUGUUUGAUGACCAAAGGGUAACGGUGUUGAGUGAAUGAAAACAGCUGGGGUAGGUCUUCCAAAGCCAUUUGAAGGAAAUGGACAUAUUUCCUCUGUCUGUCGGGUGUCAAUAUUCUGUGCAGGACAUUUGAUGUUCAGAAGGAAAAAGACCCUCUGCUUUCACACUAAGACCUUUGGAGACCUAAUCCCUACAAACACAGAAAACACAUAAAAGAGGUACACUAGUAGUUUACAUGUCCUACAAAGCACUAGGUCUGUAGGCAGAUUUUAUAUUUAAAUCUGUUAAUAUAUAUUCAUCCUGUGAUACAUAAUUCAGUGAUAUUGUUAUGCCUUGUGCUAGCGGCCAUUGUUUACUAAGGACUUGACACACUGCAGUUUAUUCAGAUAAAUUUGGCCUACGUCAAUUUUCAUUGAUAAAACUAUUUAUUUUAAUACUUUAUUCGAAAACUGAUUAAUAUUGUGGGUUCAUCUUAACACCGCCCAUGGUUUUAAUGUUGUCUCAGGCCUGUCAGCAUCUUCCAACCAAGUGCUUUGUUUAAAGAUUCAACCUAUAAUUAUGAGUGAUUAUGUAUGUCGUUUUUUAUGUUAAAUGUAUCCCCUUGGCAUCUUGCAAGCCUAACAAGGAAGGAAAUGUAUAGUAAUAAAUAUUAUUUUUUUGUAUGGUUAGAAGUCCAUUUUACACGCCUUUGUCUGAAUUAUGUUACCUCCAAUUGUAAAGAGUUUUUCUAAAAAGCAUCAUAUUAUGUAUCUAUAUUGUGACAGUAAUGGUGAUGAAUAAAAGUGUCACAAUAUU